CUUCGAAGUGUCAGUUGUGAAAACACAUUCGAAGAAGUUGGUUUGUGCGAGCGGAGAGUUUGUUUACGUUCGUUCGGUCGGUCGGUCGUAGAAAUCAACAAUACGAGUUCGUGUAUGUGUGCGAAACGCGAUCGUUCGUUGUUGUACUUGUUGCUCUUACAAAUCGUAACUGUUAAAUUUGCAAAUUACAUUUGUUUUGUUUACGAAAAUUUUCGGGAAAAAAUAGAAUAAAUAAACAAAAGAAAUUAUUUUAGAAAAUUAAAUCUUCCUGAUUAAUAAAAGAAAACAAGUGAAUUAUAAAAGAGAAUAAUAGCAAGAAAUACAAAUAAAACAACAAAUCAUUUUAAUUGAUUGAAAGAAAUUCUUUUAUAGAGAGUAAAUCUCAAGAAGUGGCUACUCAAAGUGUUUUGCUUCAUCCGUUGAAAAUCGAAAAAGGUGGAUUGCAAGUUUUAAAAGUAAAGUUUCAAUAAUAAAUCAAUUUUUAGUGGAUAUUGGAUACCCUCAAAAACGAAAAGAAUAACCCAAGGAUUAUCAUCGCAGCUGGAUAUUAUUGUUUGCACGAAGAACGGGGAAGAAGAGAUAGAGUGAACAAAAGAUCUUCGACAAAAAUCAUCCAUCUUCCAGAAAUUUUGCCCUUGUGUCAUCUUGGCGUCGUCUUUGUUUGUUUUGGAAGCGAAAUUGAUGUUCAUUUUGGCAAAAAAAUUUCAUGUGUCAAUUUUAAAUUUGACACAAAAUAAAUGAUAGAAUCAUUAAAAGAUCACAUCCAAUUCGGAGAUGAUCAAUUAACGUGACAGCAAAAAAAAAAAAAAAAAAAAAACAAGGGAGAAGAGCCGAAAACGUCACUGUCAAAUUGUUGAUUAUUGAAUAAUUGUCUAAGUCUUGUUUGCUAAAAUACACAAAAGAGCAAAGCGCCAAAAACAGUCGGUAACUCUCCGCGUCUCACGGAUUUUUGCUCGAAUCAUCAUCACUCUUUCAUUCAUUCAUUCAUCCAGCCAAUGAUUGAAACAAACGAUGGACUGCAAAAACCCACAACGAUCGAGUUAUAAAUAAAACGUUUGUGUUUAGUUAGCCUCAAUUAUCUUUAAUUGUUGGCAUAAUUUGUCAACAUCGUGAAAUUUAAUUAAAUGAUUUUUCGUUUUUCCAACAUCAUCAUCAUUUAACUGGCUAUGGCAAAGUCCAAAUAAUGUUGAUUGUCGAUGCAAAGAAAAAUAAAAGCAAUUCAAAACAAAUAUUAAAAGAAUGACAGAAGAAAUAAAAGAAAAAAAUACCAGAAAGUGAAAUUAAAUAAAAAAACAAAUAUUGGAAAAAAUUUCUAUAAAUGAAGUCACAAAAAUUAGUUUUAUAAGAAAAAUUCAAUUAAUUAAAAAAAAAUAUCUACGAAAUCAAAAAUUUUUCAUCACACCAUAAAUAUGGCAACGCUAAAUACCUUUAAAAUAACUAAUUAUAAUCAACCUACAGAGCCAAUUACCAAAGGCGACCUCCAUAGCCAUUCGUGCCAUCAUCGUCUUCAUCAUCAUGGUCCACAAUGCCAUCAUUACCACUCACAAAAUUGUCGAGAUUCCAAUGUAUUAUUGGAUCAAGAUGGCUUGUUGUUGCUGAAAAUUGGCCGAAUAUUUAUUUGUGGCUUUCCUUGGAAAUUGGCAUUUUUAUUGAUACUUUCUUCGACGUGUUUAAAAUUAAGCAACGGUGCUUCAUUACAUCACAAAGAAUACCGCAGUGCGGGUUUGUUUGCCUUGAAUAAUUUUACGGAUUUAUAUGAUUCAGCGGCAUCAUCAACAUCAGUGUCAUCUUCGAUUAAAACCAUGGAUUUAACGAGUGUCGAGCAGAACGAUGUUAAUGUGCCGGAUUACGAUGCACCACCAUCACCAUCACAUACAGCAACCAGAAACUUGCAAUUGGAUACAAAACAAAAUACAGGUUGUCCACUCACGACAAGUUCACACUGCUUGAAAUGCAAUCGCGAGGGUUGCAUCAAGUGCACCUUUUACCUGGUCACCGAUACGCGCCAAUGUGUGGAGCGUUGUCCAUCUGGCUAUGUUGAUCAAUGGUCGGCGCACACAGAGUUCAUGGGUCGGGUGUGUGUACCCAUUGGCUAUUCCGGUGCACUGAUGGCUGCAUUGGCCGGUAUGUUUGGCGGUUUCCUAGUCUGUCUCUCCAUCCUCGCUGUGGCUGUGAUGCUGGUGAAACGUCGUCGUCGCCGCAAGGCCAUCAAACAGAAAUUGAUAAAUGAAAAUACCAUGGAUCGUUCGGAUUUUUUGCGUCAAUUGAAUGAUAUGCGCCCCAAUGCCGAGUAUUUCUUGGCCAUGUUGAAUGAUACAAGGCGUCAGAUACGUAAGCUCUAUUUGGCGGGAGAUGUGGCGGCAGCCAAUUCGUACAGACCGAUUGUGCGAGAUUUGGCUCGAAUUUUGAUUUUACUUAAUCGACCAAUAGAAUUGAUACCAGCUGCGCCGCAUGACUGGAAUCGUUUGUAUACAUGGUCUGAGCAGGUGCUCGAGCGGUAUAGGCCUCAGGUAGGACAGUUGAUUGAUUUCUUUCAAAAUUCGAAUGGCGUGGAUGUGGAUGAGUUUGAUGCCACCUCGGUGUAUAGGCAAAAAGUGGGUGGUGGAGGGUUCUAUAAACAAAGUGCCACCCUGCAAUCUUCGUCAAAUUUAACAGCCGGCAAGGGGGGAGGAAAUGGCAGCAAAACGCAAAAAAUGCAUUUAUUCGGCUCCCUCAUUAGCCUGCACGAGUUUGAGGAGCCCCGCCCCUCCGAUCCCUUUGGCAGUAGCUUUAAUACCCUCAAAAGUGGUAAUCUCAUAUCCGAUCUCAAUGCUAGUUCAUUGUGGCUGGAGGAUGAGUUCUAUAAAUUAGGCUUUCGACCGCAAGAUGAAAUAACGACUGAACUUUAGAGUAGCAGCAACUCAUUAGCACCAGCAUCUUUGCGAAGGUAUUUUUAAAGUGUAUUUUUUGUUAUCAUUUUUUUUUUUUUUUUGUUAAAUCAAAAAUAAAAUUCAAAACUUUAUUUUUCUCUUUUUUAAAAAAAAAAUAAGUUUUCGUUGUAAACUGUGAAUAUGUUUUUUAGUUUAAUUAUUAUUAUUAUUACAUUUUUUUGUACUUGUAUUUGAUCUUAAUUUAUAUGUAAAUCUGGAAGUAUUAUUGUUAAUCAAGUCGGUCCAAAAUAAUGUCCAAACUCAAAAUGAAUACACACACACAAACAAAAAAGUGCUCAAAUGAAUAAAACAAAGAACAAGAAAACAAAACGAAUAAAAAUGUAAAUAAAACAAGAAA